AUGCCAUCUUCCAAGUGUUCCAUUGCAGGUCCAAAGACCCUGGCUUUAUCUGCUUUCGCGAUUGGCCUCGGUGUUCUUCUGGCCCGUCCAAUUAACCGCUUCACCACCGUCCUUGGCGUCUUUCGCCAACCAGCCAACACUGUCGUCAAAGAUGGAGAUUUUGUGACAAUUGAGGACACGAUGCUCUGCGAAGACUUACAUCUUCACAAGUCUAGCGGCCUGCUAUUUACUGCUUGUGAGGAUUCUUAUGAGUCGCGCUUCUCGUGGUUUCCUGGACUUAGCGUGGUCCAUGAUCCCCUCACUGCGAGCAAGUCCCGUGGGUCUAUCCACGUCAUAGAUCCUGCAACAUUCAAGUCGAAGAAACUCAUUUUUGACGGUUUUGCUGGACCUUUCAUCACCCAUGGAAUUGACGUUAUUUCGGAUCCCGAGGAUGCUUCCAGUGUGUACAUUUUCGCUAUUAACCAUCUUCCUCACCCCGAAUAUCUGCAACAUGUGGUUGAUGGGGAAACCUAUGAUAAAUAUCCCGGAAACAAAGCGGCAUCUCAGAUUGAGAUAUUCCAUCAUCAAACAGGGUCUUCUACUGCUCGAUAUGUUCGUUCCGUCAGUCAUCCGUUGAUCCAAACACCAAAUGAUAUCGUUGCUCGCACUCCGACUAGCUUUUACGUUACCAACGAUCAUCACUACCGAGAAGGUAUUCUUCGUCAGAUUGAAGAUGUCUAUUAUGGCGGAAAGUGGUCAACCACUAUAUUUGUGCAAGUCACAGAUGCGACCUCCCAAGAUGCUAUUGCUGGUCUCAAUGCUUCUGUUGCGCUCACUGGGCUUCACAACAAUAACGGUCUAGGUCAUGGCAGGACACCGGAUGAGAUAGCAAUCGGAAGUGCUGCAAGUGGAGAUAUUCAUCUUGCAACCGUCAAAAGCAACCACUCCCUGGAGGUUUUCGAGACCAUCGACUUUGACACGGCCGUGGAUAACCCUUCGUGGUACUCGGAUUCUUUCUCCAACGUGAACGGGGACAGCAGUGGUUAUGUCUCCGCAGGUUUAUCCAAAGCUGGGGAUCUCGCAAAGUCAGUUGGAGUUGCAUCCGGAACUGAACCCGUCAUGGUUUGGCUAGCUCAGCCAAAGAAUGGGAAAUGGGAGAAGAAGCUUCUCUUCGAAGACGAUGGAAACAGGCUGCGAUCGGCAGCUACAGCAGUAUUGAUCGGUAUUGACCCUGAGUUGGAAGGUGGUAAGAAAAAGGGUUGGCUAUUUGCGACAGGGUUCUAUUCGCAAAGUGCUAUCGCUGUCAAGGUCGAUCUUUGA